UACUUAUUAUUCCUUAUUUGCAGAUUAUUAAUAUCAGGAGAAAUAGACUUAAGUCUCCAUCUGCUAAGAUAUUGACAGAUGUGUUUUUAAGUGUAUUCCAGGUGUGUAGCACAUACCUGCCACACACACACACAGGUGUGUAGCACACACCUGCCCCACACACACAGAUGUGGGGAAACAGACAUUGAGAACUGAGGACAAGUAAAUAAAACCAGAAAGUGAUAUGUAACAGAAACGAAAGUGAGGAUAGAGAGAGAACAUGACAAGGAUAUUAGAAGUGUACACAGAAAGUGAGAGAAAGUUCCGUAAUUAAAGAGACAGGAAGUAAGCUUCAGUGUUAGGGAACUUAGAGCUUGUGAAAGCUUAGAGCAGCUCUAGUGUCAUAGUGAAGACCAAUCAGGAGAGAAAUCGUGGAAAUAUAGAGGAAACUAUGUGUGAAAGUGAUAGAAAUAUUGAAGAUUGGUGAUUAUAUGGUAGAGGUGAUGUGGGUUGUACAGAGGUACGAGUGAUACUGACCUCUCUUAGUGCAGUCGUCACAUGUGAAGGUAUUCCAGGAGGCCAGUUGGUCAAGAUGGCCCCUGGAAGACUGUUGAAGCCUGUGUGUGUUCGACUGUAAGAUAACGUGAUAACAUGACUGUAGAGCUGCUGGUGUUAUCUUAGGUUAUAUGUCAAGGUCAUGUGAAGGUAUUCCAAGAGGUCAGUUGGUCAAGAUGGCCCCUGGAAGACUGUUGAAGCCUGUGUGUGUACGACUGUAAGAUAACGUCAUAACAUGACUGUAGAGCUGCUGGUGUUAUCUUAGGUUAUAUGUCAAGGUCAUGUGAAGGUAUUCCAAGAGGUCAGUUGGUCAAGAUGGCCCCUGGAAGACUGUUGAAGCCUGUGUGUGUACGACUGUAAGAUAACGUGAUAAUAUGACUGUAGAGCUGCUGGUGUUAUCUUAGGUUAUAUGUCAAGGUCAUGUGAAGGUAUUCCAGGAGGUCAGUUGGUCAAGAUGGCCCCUGGAAGACUGUAAGAUAGCGUGAUAACAUGACUGUAGAGCUGCUGGUGUUAUCUAUGUGUCAAGGUCAUGAUAUGUGGGUACGGUGAUGUGGAUGGAGGAGGAGGAGGAGGAGGAGGAGGAGGAGGAAGAAGAAGAAGAGGGGAUGGUGAAAGAGGAGGUAGACUGUGAUGGUGACAGAAGGUGAACAGUGACAGAGGUCGCUUCACUGAUCAUGAAACCUCUCAAGACACAAGUUAGCUUUAGUAAGGAGAGAAACUUCAGCUUUCAGCGAAAGGCAGACUCUUUUAGAGGGAAGGGUGAUAUAGAAGGAGAGAAGAACAAGUGUAAAGACAAGAAGGGUGACAUAGAAGGAGAGAAAAACAGGUGUAAAGACAAGAAGGGUGAGGGACACCAGUUGACGUCAGCCAUUGCAUCAUCCCUGGCUGCUACUCUUUCACCUUUCUCAAACUUCGUAGCCUCACAUUCCCCAAGGGGAAGUCGCAAGCCUUCCCCAAGCCCUGUGGACUCACGUAAGUCCAGCCCACCUUCCCCAAGAGCUCAGAAAUCCCAGCAACAACCUCGACUCUUCCCCAGGACUAACUCCUUCACCCACCGCCACAUACCUCUCCUCUCCCACUCCAAAGGCAGGACCAACUCCUUCAAUGUCCCCUCUACUCUCCCGAGGGGAACUUCAAGCUCCCCCAACCCCCCCAGCAGCCCCUCGCUCAGCCCCACCACCAGUAGGUCACAAAGUUCGUCCUCAGCGGAGGACUACGUAACAGAUGAAGACAAUCACUUAUAUAAUGUCCCGAAUUUCGACGGCUGUCGACCAAAAAUCCGCGUCUCGUCCGACGAUAAUGAAGGUGGGGAUGAGGAGGGCUCUGGAGCAGAGGAAGAGGAGGAGGAAGAAGAGGAGGGAGAGGAGAGGCAGUUGACAGUGCCCAGAGUCCUGCCCUACAGAAUUGAAGAAGGAUGGCAGACCAGACAUUCUACAGACACUGUCGCAAAACAUAGAACAUCAAGAAAGAACACUGCAGAAGGCCUACUGGUCCAUGAGAGGCAGGUUCACGUCUCCUACCGGCUUAAGUCAAUGGCCCAACCUAAUCAGGAAGACAUGUCAGAGCUGCAAGUGUACUCGGGAACUUCACGACGUUUACCACGAGGACUGGGUGAACGUGAGGGAACGUCUGGGCCUGGGUGAUACACUAGG